GGCGACGUGAUGUGUAAGUACGUUGCCGACAACGACUACGUCAUGAAAAUGUUGUCGGUUGUGAUACGGAGCACGAAAGGAUAAAGAGUGAGGCCGAAGGAAAAUCUGUGGAGUCUUUAUUUUGCUACAAUGGCGAAAAGAAUUGCAUCUUCGGACUUAAACCAUGAUAACUGGGAUAAGGAAGACAAACGUGAAGAAGCGGGAACAUUUCGCAAAGCUGAUGACAGUACCCUUCAGUCACGAGUAAUAAGACAGGCUAAACGUAGAUCAACAUCAAGCCCUUAUAGUUCUUCAGGUUCACCGCCGAAAACGGGUGAGACAAAAAGUGUGUUUGCAAACUUCAGUGGAUUUAAAAUGCCUACCAGUACAAGUACAGUCACCUUCAAUUUCGGCAGUGGCGGAACAGCAGCAGCUGACGGAAGUUCAUCAUCAAAAGAAUCGUCCAGUGCACCUAUACAACAAAAAAAUGGAGUUUUGAAAGGAAGUUCAAAUGAAAUGUCUACUAGAAAGGACGCUGAAGGUAAAAAUGAUAUGGACAGAUACACGAAGAAGCCAAAGGAAUUUUAUGCAGAUUUGAGGGCACUUAAUGAAUGUGUGUCAAAGUGGAUAAAAAUGCACGUGGAAAGAAAUUCAUGUUGUAUACUUACACCAGUGUUCAAAGACUAUGAAAGACAUCUCAGUGAUCUAGAAGACAAGUAUACAACAUCAAAAAAUGUUGAUACAGAACCAUCCAAGAAAGAAAUGUGGAGUAUACCUGCAGCACCUAAAGACAUGAAAAGUGUUGCACAAGAAUCAUUUAAUUUUUCUUUUGGAUUAAAAAGUUCUGGAGACAAAUUCAGUUCAAGUGGUUAUUUUUCGACACCACCUAUAACAAAGACAUUAGACAACAAAAAUGUCCAGGAAGAGCCCUCUAAGACUCCAAGCAGCUCUGUUCUGCCUCCAUUAAACCAGAAACUUGUGUCCCCAACACAGGCUUCAACAUUGUCUUCUUCUGAAGAGAAGAAUAAGUCACCAUUGCAGUUUUCCUUUGGCAGCCAGAAGCCAUUUACAUUUGCAAAUGUUUCGAAGCCAGAGGGAGGAUCUGGUGAGAAUGACAAAGAUGGUAAAGAUGACAAUGAAGAGCCACCCAAAGCAGAAUUUACCCCUGUUGUUGAGAAGGAUGCAGUAUACUCUCAAAGGUGCAAGGUGUUUGUAAAAAAAGGAGGGUCUUUCCAGGACCGUGGUGUUGGCACAUUGUUCCUGAAACCAGUAUCUGGUGGUGCCAAGACACAACUGCUAGUACGUGCAGAUACCAGCCUGGGCAAUGUGCUGCUCAACACUCUCCUCUUCCAGUCUAUGCCUCUGCAGAGAAUGGGGACAAAUAAUGUGAUGUUAGUGUGUGUACCUACACCUGAAGCAGAACCACCUCCAAUACCAGUUCUCCUAAGAGUUAAGACAGCUGAAGAUGCAGAUAAGCUCCUAGAAACAUUGAAACAAUACAUCAAAUAAUCUGAACGAUCACCACAUUUAGACGUAUUUAUGAUUCUUAAUAAAUCAAAAUGAUCAUUUUUAGGAAACUUGUGAGUGACUUUUCUUACAAAAAGUGUGUAUUGUCUCAGUCUUUUGUAGAACCAAAGGAUGAUGACAGUUUCAUGUGUAUUUGACUUGACUGGAAUAGUCAAGCAUCUGUUCCUUGCGUGUGUUAAAAAUACACUCUCAUUUUUCUAAGACUUUAUUGUAAAUAACAUGUUGCAUAUUCAGGAAAAAAAACUGACACAGUGAAAUCUUUUAAAAGUUUCAUGUUUUUUAUUGUGGCAUUUGAAUAAAGAUUCUUAAGUUUAUAUUUGUAAA